CAGAAGAUGGCGCCUGGUCUGUUUCGUUGAAUGUUGGAGAGUUUUAGUGAAUACAAGUUUGAAGAAACAUUGACAGUUUAAAGAAAUCAUCGUCCAGUCGGAGGAAGAGAUGGAUGAUCAGCGCAGACUGCUUGAUUUCUCCCGGACUCCCCAGAUCAUCUUACACCGAAUAGAUUCCCUGAAAUGUAACGUUUAUAACCAGGAGAGGAGAUCCACUCUGGACCAGGAGGAGUUAGAACCUCUGCAGGUGAAACAAGAACAGGAAGAGCCAGAAGAUCAUCAGAUAAAAGAAGAACAGAAGGAUCUAGAACACCUGCAGAUAAAAGAGGAAGAGAAAGAAGUUUACUGCAGUCAGGGUGAAGAACAGAUUGCAUUAAAACAGGAGACUGAUACCUGCAUGGUGGUUCCUGUUGAUAAGCAAACAUACCAAACUGAAUCAGAACCAAACAGAAACCAAGACAUGUUAGAAAAGCCUGAUGAAACUGAGAACCAACAUCAGGACAGAAGAAAACCUUUGUCAGGUGUCAUCUGUAAAAAACAAUUGACAGCUAAAUAUGCUGUCAGUGAUCAUAUCAGAAUUCAUAAGGGUGAAAAACCGUUUUCAUGUGUGAACUUUGGAAAAAGUUUUAGUCGUAAACAGUAUUUAACUCAGCACAUGAUGAUUCACUCUGGUGAAAAGCCGUUUUCAUGUGUGAACUGUGGAAAAAGUUUUAGACAAAAACAGCAUUUAACUCAGCACAUGAUGAUUCACACUGGUGAAAAGCCGUUUUCAUGUGUGAACUGUGGAAAAAGUUUUAGUGAAAAACAGAGUUUAACUAAGCACAUGAGGAUUCACACUGGUGAAAAGCCGUUUUAUUGUGGGAACUGUGGAAAAAGUUUUAGACAAAAACAGCAUUUAACUCUGCACAUGAGGAUUCACACUGGUGAAAAGCCAUUUUCAUGUGAGAACUGUGGAAAAAGUUUUAGUCGAAAAGAGUAUUUAACUCUGCACAUGAGGAUUCACACUGGUGAAAAGCCGUUUUCAUGUGGGAACUGUGGAAAAAGUUUUAGUCAAAAACAGCAUUUAACUCAGCACAUGAGGAUUCACACUGGUGAAAAGCCGUUUUCAUGUGGGAACUGUGGAAAAAGUUUUAGACAUAAACUUUGUUUAACUCAGCACAUGAGGAUUCACACUGGUGAAAAGCUGUAGAAGUAUUUUCCAUACUUGUUCUAUGUUGAGGUUCACUAUAGGAUUAAUUUAGUUAACUACUAGAAUUAAGGACUGGAGGGGUUUCAUGUCUAUAAAGCUGAAAAUUGUUGUAUUUGUUAAAUGUGAUCAUAUGGACGUUGUGCAACCAUCCAACAAUAAUGAUAAACUGUAUGUUAUUGUACUUAUAUACUGUUUAUAUCAAACUGUAUGUUGUGUUUGUACAAUGUGAAGAGCAGAGGGCUCAGCUCAGAGCCCUGAGGAGAGCCAGUACUGAUGCUGAUAGAUGAAGAGACAUUGUGGUCCAUUGUGACUAAUUUCAUGCAUUAACAGAGUUUGACUGGACAUGGACUCCCUUCCAGAACAUUCUCACAAGAUUGGACUUGAGGGAUUGAUUUGUAUUAUUCUAUUCUGUAUAGACAAAGUGUGAGGGAUGGAUGAUGUUUUUCUUAAUAGACUUAUUAUCAAAAAUACAAUGUGUUGUUAUGCACUGAUUUUACAUUUUCUUUGAUGAUUAUAUAAAAAAUCCAUUUUAAAAACUUUAUGAAAUCACUCAUUGAUUGUUCUUGAUUUUUUAAAGUUUGGUUGAUUAUUAUUGUCUUCAGUAAUUCUGUGUGUCUUUUGUCUUAGUUGUAUUUUUGUUUUUUCUGCUCUUUUCUAUUACGAGGAAAACAUUUCACGUUCUGCCACGAGAAGUGGCACUGAGAAAAAUCUGUAGAUGUGAUGAUCGUAGGAUCCACAAGGUGGCAGUAAUGCAAUGACAUGAAUGCAGUUAGUCAUAAAACCCCAAAGAAGAAGACAAAGAGCAAAAGAGAUGAA